AUGGCCAUUGUCCACCCGGCGACCAGAUCUCCAGCUCACAUCCGCCCCAGUAGCUGGGCCGAUGGCCUUCGGGGAAUUGCCGCACUAUUCGUAGUUGCGAGCCAUGCCUGCCUUUCCUUUGCGACAUACUUGAUCCCACCAUCCUUCGCGGAAACCGGAACAUCAACCCUAUUUCAGCGUCCAUUUUUCAGAUUGGUGAUUCAGGGUCAAGCUUGGGUGGCCAUCUUCAUGGUGUUACUUGGAUUUGUGAAUGCCCUCAAGCCACUCCAGCUAGCCCGCCGUGGAGCUACUGCCGAUGCCCUCAGCACCUUAUCAACUGGUGCCUUUCGGCGCAAGGGGAGACUUGUCUUCCCCGCGGCCCUAAUGACAUUUCUGGCUUGGCUCUUGUGUCAGUUUGGGGUAUUCCAAUUGGCUCGCCAGGUAGAUGCAUACUGGUUGAGGGCAACAAGUCCCAAACCAAGCUCUUCUUUGAUCAAUGCCAUCGUUGAUCUUGUUCGAGGGGUGGCUGGUACUUGGCUGUAUGGAGAUAAUGCCUAUGAUCAACCACAAUGGGCGUUGAAACAUCUCUUCCGUGGCUCGUUGUAUGUCUUCAUGACACUGCUAGCCUUGGUGAAUACCACGCCGCUGUUUCGCAUCUGCGCCCAAAUAGUGCUCUACGCUUUUGCUUGGUUAACACUUGAUGGGACUGUCGGUAUCAACAUCUUCGCUGGCAUGAUAAUGGCCGAAAUGUCAUUUUACAACCUGUCUGCCCUUCGACCGCGCGUGCUGUUCAGAAUACUUCCCCAUGGACUUGUCACACUAGGCUUCUAUAUCUGCUCCUACCCCAGCGAAUACUCAAACCAAGCAGAAUGGUCUUCCCAGCUCGCAUCCCUCGCCCAGACCAUCUUCCCGAAAAACGCCGAUAUCAGCAGAUACUAUGCUGGUCUAGGAGCACAGAUGAUCUGCUUAGGCGUGAUGCUGUCACCCUUCCUGCGACGGAUUCUUUCCCACCCGGGACUUUUAUGGCUCGGUUCGAUCAGUUUCCCGCUCUACCUUAUACAUGGGCCUCUCAUGCGCUCUGUCCUGGUCUACCUUGUCUACUUGCCCAUGUCAAUUGGCUUCAAGCCGAGUUUGCUAGCAGAUGGGACAGUAAAUCCGGAGUCGUACAUUCCCAAACCGAGCCCGCUCCGACUUACUGUGGUUCUUGUGAUCUUCUUUGCAUUUUUGCUCUAUGUUGUUCAACAGUGGACGAGAUAUGUGGAGCCGAAGAUGGCCGCACUGACGGAUGCUUUCGAAAAAUUCUCACGGUCGUGGGGGAAGAACGGGAGGUGGGCUGUCAAGGAAAAUGGAUCGUUAUUACCUGUCAAUUCUGCCAAAGAAAUCAAGACAUGA